AUGGCUGGAUCCAACUUCACUAAGGUGACUCUCUUCAUUCUCUCUGGAUUUACAGAUCACCCUGAAUUACAAGUCAGCCUUUUCUUGCUGUUCCUCUUCAUUUACCUGUUCACUGUUUUGGGGAACCUUGGACUGAUCAUGUUAAUCAGAAUUGACUCUCAGCUUCAUACACCUAUGUACUUUUUCCUUAGCAAUUUAGCAUUCAUUGAUACAUUUUAUUCCUCUACUGUGACACCCAAGACACUUGUCAGUUUCCAAUCCAACCAUAAAACCAUCUCUUUUGUUGGCUGCUUUGUCCAAAUGUACUUUUUUGUUGGUUUUCUGUGUAGUGAGUGUUUUCUUCUGGGAUCAAUGGCCUAUGACCGCUACAUAGCAAUAUGCAAUCCCUUACUCUAUUCAGUAGUCAUGUCUCCAAAAGUGUGUAACUGGCUGGGAGUACUGCCAUAUGCAAUAGGCUUCACAAAUUCUCUGAUAUCCAUCUGUGUGAUAAGUAGUUUAGUGUUCUGUGAUUCUAGUAUCAAUCAUUUUUUCUGUGACACCACGGCUCUUUUGGCCCUGUCUUGCAUAGAUGCAUCCAUUACAGAGAUGGUGAUCUUUGUCUUAGCUGGGUUCACCCUGAUAAGUCCUCUUCUCAUCAUCACAGUCACUUACACUGCCAUCAUCUCUGCCAUCCUGAGGAUCAAGUCUGCAGCAGGCAGGCAGAAAGCCUUCUCCACCUGUGCAUCCCACCUCCUGAGUGUAACCAUCUUCUAUGGGUCCCUGAUUUUCACAUAUCUACAGCCUGAUAACACAUCCUCCCUGACCCAGGCACAGGUGGCAUCUGUGUUCUAUACCAUUGUCAUUCCAAUGCUGAAUCCUCUGAUCUAUAGUCUGAGGAAUAAAGAUGUGAAAAAUGCUUUCCUAAGAGUCAUGCAUAGAAAUCUAUUUCUAUGA